GCCGUGAAACAACGUCCAAGUUCGUUCGAGCGUAGUGUGAAGAGGGGCGGCUGCAAACAUGAUGGAGCCAAUCGGUAAUCCCGAUUCAAUACCGCUGGAAUCGUUGGAAAGUGUGAGCCCGCGUGAGUUUGAGCUAUCGUUUCAGAAUGUUUCCUACUGUGUAAAACAUAAGCAUGAUCGCACACACUCCGCCAUCCUGAAGAACCUUUCCGGGUCGUUCCGUUCGGGCCGGCUGGUGGGAAUUAUGGGACCAUCGGGGGCUGGCAAAUCGACCCUGCUGAAUGUGCUGAGUGGAUUCAAAAAAAGUAACGUCACCGGACAGCUAAUGGUCGACGGACAACGGCUCUCCGAGCGCAGAAGCCGUAAGAUCAUCUCCUACACCCAACAGGAAGUGUGCCUGUGGCCGGCCCUUACCGUCGAGGAAAGCCUACGGUAUGCGGCCGAGUUUAAACUCUCGCCCACCAUCGACCAGAACCAAAAACGGGCACGCGUUCGGGAGCUUCUGCACGUGCUGGGGCUGACAGGGUGUGCCGAUACGUUAGCCGGUAGCGUAUCGGGUGGUCAGGCCAAGCGUCUAUCGAUCGGCUUGGAGCUACUGUCCGACCCGAAAGUGAUGCUGCUGGACGAGCCGACGAGUGGGCUGGACACGGUCGCCGCCUAUCAGGUGCUGGCACAUGUGAAGCAGCUUGCCGCCCGCGGUCGCGUUAUCGCCUGCGUCAUCCAUCAACCCAACUCCCAGCAGCUGCUGCUGAUCGAUGAUCUGUACGUGCUGGCCAAGGGCCGGCGGAUCUACAGUGGACCGACGGGCGAAAUGGUGUCGCAGUUCGCUCGCUUCGGGCUCGAUUGUCCCGUUUCCCACAAUCCGGCCGAUUACGCGCUGGAAGUGGCCAGCUUGGAUCAGGAGGAUGACCGAUUGAAGCGAUUGAUGAUGGAGGAGGAGAAGGAUAUUUUCGACUACAAUCCACCACGGCUGAUGGUGGAGAAGAGCGUUGAUGGAUCGUAUCAGCGGUACGCGCUCUCAACCCUGCAGCAGCUGCGUGUGUUGCUGCGACGAACGACCAGCUGUACGAUGCGCGAAACGUACCAGUUUAAAGCGCGCAUUCUCAUCAACAUCGCCAUCGCGCUCAUCACGAGCGUCGCGUUCUACAACACCGGCAACAAUGCCGACCGCAUCCUGGCCAACACCGCCGUGCUGAUCAUUAAUCUGUACGCCAUCUUCUUCACCAGCAUAGUUUCGGCGGUGCUGGUCUAUCCCCGCGAGUCGGCCUGCUUCGUGCUGGAGAGCAAAAAUAAUUGGUACUCCCUGCGGGCUUACUACUUGGCCAAAAUUGUGGUCGAACUUCCCACGCUGAUCCUUUCGUCGUCGGUGUUCUUCCUCAUCGUGUACUACUUCACCGCGCAACCGUUCGAGUGGCUCCGGAUCGGUACGUUCGCGCUGGUCUGCCUGAUGUUUGGUUGGAUUUCCCAGAUGCUCGGGCUGCUGCUGGGCAGCCUGCUCUCCGUGCAAAACUCCGUGUUCGUGAGCAUCCUGAUAAUGGUGCCGGCGUCGCUGUUUUCCGGCUUCUUCGUGCCGCUGCGCGACGCCAGCGUGCUGGUGCGGCCCCUGCUCUACGUGUCGUUCGUGCGGUACGCGUUCGAGGGUGCCGUGCACGCGAUCUACGGCUUCGAUCGGCCGGAUCUCGACUGCCCGGAGGUGUUUUGCUACUUCCGUCAGCUGAAACGCUUUCUGCAGUUUGUCUCGAUGCCGGAUCUGGCCUACGGGUACGAUCUGCUAGCGCUGGCCGGGUGGAUCGUGCUGCUGAUGGGUGCGGUGUACCUGAGCUUGCGGCGAAGAAUCAAACAGGACUGAACAGAAACCGAGACGGGUGGGGUGGAUGGAGCGUUAUCAGUUGGCAAAAUGUAGUUUUUAGUUCGUGAGUAAGUGAUGUUGUUUAAACUUUAUUUCCAUAACUAUGGAAAUAAAAGUAAUAAAUAGAAGAAAUUGGGGUGGGGGAAGAUAAGAUUUUAUUUCAUAAAAAUGACAAAUUUGAAGCAAUCGAAUACAGAAAUACUA